AUGAAGAAUUAUGAAUCAGUUUUUCUAAUCAGGCUUGUGUCAGUUGGGAACUUAGACGUUGCUGUUAGUUUACUGCUUUCCACUCCUCCUGAAAGCUCUUACUUCUAUGCAAAUGCCCUCCGUGCUGUUGCUCUUUCAUCCGCGGUGUCUAAGUCUCUGCUUAAACCGGCAGUAAAGGUUGUUGCAGCCAAUAUGGUCAGGACCGAAAGUUCAUUGUCUGGCACACAUCUGCUCUGUGCUGUUGGGAGGUAUCAAGAAGCUUGUUCUCAGGUGGUAUUCUAUUUUUUGAUUGAAGACCUUGAUUUCAUCAAAUGUGAUCCAGCAGGGUGUUGCAAAGGUGGACCGAACAUGUCCUCCAUGCUGAGCAUAACAUCUGGAGCUGGUGCAUUGCAAGAGGCAUUGACGGCACUUCGUGAGGCACAACAACUAGACACCGCUGCCAUGUUUAUUCUUGCUUAUCAUGAAAUCCGUGCUGAAUUCAUCUCCAGCUUGGAUUCAGAUGGAGAAUCAAGUCCUUCAAACAAGGAAAACUGCUUAUCUUGCCAGGGUUGA